AAGGCGGGAAUAGGAGCGGGUUUCUUUCCGCUGCCAUUUUUUAAACAGGGAGGGUUAGGAAACCCGGGAAACAUUCCGCGGGAAUUACUGCUUCAGUAAUUGUCCGUAUCGUUCAGAUUCUCUGCAGGAUUGAACCCUCUGCACACAGACAGCCCGAGAGCCGAAGGAGAAUUUGAAAUGGCGGAUCAGGAACCGAGUGCCUCCACGUCCAGCGUUGCAGGCAGCGCCGAGGGUGCUGAUGUCAGUGCUGAAGCCACAAAGUUACUUGGAACUGGUAAACGACACAUGGUGAUGGAAGAUUUUGUAGCAGCAGUCAAUACCUUUCAAGAUGCAUGCAGGCUAUUGAGUGAAAGGCAUGGAGAAAUGGCAGAUGAAUGUGGAGAAGCCUAUUUCUGCUACGGAAAAGCCCUUCUGGAGUUAGCAAGAAUGGAGCGUGGUGUUCUUGGCAAUGCUCUUCAAGGAGUUCCUGAAGAUGAUGAUGAAGAAACAGCAGCAGAUGAGGAUUCCAAAGUAGAAAAUGCAGAGAAUGUAGAUGAAAAAGAGAGGGAGGAAUUGAGGGAGCAGGUGUAUGCAGCACUAGCUGAAGAAAAGGAUAAGCCUGCAGACGAUGAAGCACCAGCUGCAAAUGUUUCUGCUGACCAGGAUGUAGCUCACAAAGAAAUAGAGAGCCAUACUGAGACUUCUGAUGAAGAGAAAGCAAGCACUGCAGGAGUGCUCUGUACCACCAAGAAUGAAGCACUGCUUGAAAUAGAAUCGUCCAUUGUCCAGGAUGAUGUCCUAAAUGAACAAGUGGCUAAAACAGCAGGUUGUUCUCUAGGGAAUUGUGAUCAUGCCCAGGAAGGGAAAGCAAAGGACCGAGUGGGCAUUCCAGAAGAUGUAAAGGACCAUCUCCAAGUUAAGAACCGUGCUAGUGAGGAAGUGGCUGCAAAAGAUCACCUUUUGUUGGAGAAUGCUGGGGUGAAGGUGACUGCUGGUGAGACUGUGAAAAUAGUUGAUGAAGUAAAACUGGAACACGACAUAGCCCUUCCUCCACAGGAUUCUUUAGUGGAUAGAGAUGUGAAAGCAAAUGUUGAAGAGGCAUCAGCUCAAGAACAGCUGAGAGUUGAUGAGAGUGAAGAAGAUGAGAUCAAAUCAGAUGAAAGUAAACUCUCAAAUCAGAGGACAGAGGAUGGGACAACUGGUUCUGAAGAACCGAUGGAAGAGGGUGCAGAUGCUUCCGGUGCUGCUGAUGCAAGUGGUGAUGAUGAAAAUGAAGAGACUGGGGAAGAAAAGGAUGCUGAAAGUGAGGAGGUUGAUAAUUUGCAGCUGGCCUGGGAAAUGCUUGAAUUGGCAAAAGUGAUCUUCAAAAGACAAGAAAGAAAAGAAAUACAACUUUGUGCAGCUCAGGCUUACCUGAAACUUGGAGAAGUUGGAAUAGAAUCUGAGAACUACACACAGGCUGUUGAAGAUUUCCACGAAUGUCUGACCAUUCAGGAAAAACACCUCGAGGCACAUAACCGACUACUAGCAGAGACCCAUUAUCAGCUGGGGUUGGCUUACAGCUUGAAUAAUCAAUAUGAUUUCUCUUUGAAACAUUUCAAGGAGUCUUUUAAUGUCAUAGAGAAAAGGUUAGCCAUGUUAACAGAGAGAAUUGAGAAAGCAGAAGAGAAAGGCAAAUCUCCAGCAAAAGACACCGAUGCUGUUUCUGAAGAUAAGCGGGAGAUUGAGGAACUUAAAGAGCUAUUGCCAGAAAUAAAAGCAAAAAUUGAAGAUGCAGAAGAAUCCAAGGAUGAUGGAAGUGCAAAUAAAGCCCUCCAGGAAACAUUGUCUAGACCAUCUGCCUUUUCAGGACUUGAAAAACACAGUCUUGCAAGCAGUGCACCAACAUUAGCAGUGCAGACUGGAAAAGUAACGGGUGAAGCUUCUACUUCCAGCUCAAACUGUGUAUCUAACAUCACUCAUUUAGUAAGGAAAAAAUCUUCAUUACAGAGGAAACCUGAAGAUGGCGAGCAGGAUAACAAAGAUCCUAAAAAAGCCAAGCAGGAGGACUCUGCUGUGAAUGGUGGAUGUGGAGAUACCGCUCAUGAUAGGAAUGGAGUUCCUGAGAAAAUGGAAUCUGAAGAAUCUGUUUCCUCAAAGAAGUCUGAACCUGAAGCUCAGUGCUAGUUAAGAUAUUCAGAUGGCCGGCAGCAUUUUUGCCUGCAAACUGGAUCUUUUUUGUACAUAAUGUAUUUUUGAUUGGCUUUUUUGAACUGUUUUUGUAACACUGUGGAAAUAUUCAAUAAAGAUAAUGUGAUUUGCAAA